AUCUUAUUAAAUAAAAUGUCUAAUAAAAUUUCAGUAGUUUUGUUUUUGUGCCUAAUAAUAUGGAAGGAAAACGUCAUCGAAGCCAGUACCGUGGAUUUAACAAAUAAUAAAUUUGCAGUUCAUACGAAUCCAUUCCUUAAAUUACUAACCUUUGGCGACAGUGUGUACUAUAUUGGACAUACUUUUCGGGGUAACUGGUAUGCAGCCAUGCUACAUUGCAGAUCUUUUAACAUGGACCUAGUCAGUAUUGAAUCAAAAGAAGAAAAUGACUUUCUUUUCCAAAGCUUGAAGUCAGUUUUGGGUAAAUCCGAAGGUUGGACUAGAUUGUGGACUUCAGGAACUAGUUUACCGUACAAUCAAUGGGUAUGGAUGGCUACAGGUAAUCCUGUUGUUUAUACCAACUGGUAUCCCGGCGAACCGAACAAUCAAACACAUCAGGAAGUAUGUAUAGAAGUGAAAUAUAGCCAAACCGAAAAGAGUCUGGUCUGGAACGAUAUCCGAUCGAGUGCAGACAUACUUGCACUUUGUGAAGCAAAAAUUGAUAAACCGCGUUUGUAAAUAAUUGAUGUAAUUUACAAUGUUACUAGUUCAGUUCCUAAAUUCUAAUAUACUGAUAAUAAAUAUAA